AGCCGAGCGGAGCCGAGCUGAGCGGCGCCACAGCAGCGGGGGCGGGGGACGCGGGAGCGCGCUCAGCGGCGGGGACGGGCGGCGCUGCGGCCGUGGGAGGAAACGCUGCGCCCGGCCGGACGGCACUCGUGGAGGCUCAUCCGCGGCUCGGGGGACACGACCCGGCGCCCGUCACGGCCCUUCCAUUUUGAAAGGAAGAGGCGGCCGGUCGCUCCUGAGGGGCGGCUCCGCGCUCAUGGCGUUCAGCCCCUGGCAGAUCCUGUCCCCCGUGCAGUGGGCCAAGUGGACGUGGUCCGCGGUGCGCGGCGCGGGCGCGGGCGACGGCGAGGCCGCCGGGCCGGAGGGCGACCCCGAGGAGGAGGACUCGCCCACCGAGACCAGGUCCCUGGGAUUCAGCUCGGAUUCUGAAGGUAAUUUUGAGACCCCAGAAGCUGAAACUCCAGUUAGAUCGCCUCUCAAGGAAUCUUGUGACUCAUCACUAGGAUUGGCAGAACCCGGGGCCAAAACCCAAGACUUGCAGGAAGCUGAUGAACAGCUGCUAGCAGAAGUAAUUGAAAAAUGCUCAUCUGAUCCUAGUGCUAAGCCUUCAGAAAAUGAGGUGCCACAGACAACCAUUGAGUCUCACUUAGUAAAGAACGUCAAAGAAGAUAUUAGCAAAAUCUCCGUAGUGAGGCCAUUUUCAAUAGAAACCAAGAAUUCCACAGCCAUCCCAGCAGCCCUUGAAACAAAAGCAGCCCAUGGCUGUGUAACUGUGGUCUCUGCUGCACCAGAAGCCACCUGGGACAAGCCAGUGACAGAAGUCAGCAUGGGGCUUACAUUUGAGGCUUUCACAGAAGUGGAUAUGAAGGCUGCAGUCCCCUGUCCGGAGCCCGUGGCCAGCAGAAGCAAGCUAAGAAAGCCCAGACCUGUCUCCCUGAGGAAGAAAGCAGCUGGGGGAGACUUGGAAAUGCCUGCCAGGGUGGGCUCGCCCCUCUCCAAUGAGUUGGAUGAGAACACACUUUCCUGUGCCCCUGCAGGUACCUGGGGCCAGAAAUCGUCUGAUCUUAAAGAAUCUGUGGAUGUUUUCAGUAACGACACCAGUGACUCAGGGGUUGAGCUACAGGAGGAGGCCAGGAACUCGCCUCUCAAACUCGAGCUUGAUUUUACAGAAGAUGCGGAAAAUGCAGAGGCCAGGAAAGCCCUUCCAAGAAAACUUGGCAGGGAACCUGGUGACAAACUGACACCUAAGAUACAAAAAGACGGCCUCAGUAAGCCAGUAGGUGUAGGACAACCUGCAGACCCCACCGUCCAAGAUACUCCUCUCUCCCAGAUGUCUUCUAAGCUAGAUCCUAGUCAACGGGAUCACCCUAACUUGAAUCCCUUUGAGAGCUACCCUAUUCUGCAGAACUCCCCACCCCUGUCCUCUAAAGGCUCCUACCCCUUUGACGAAACCAUGGAUCCCUUUAAACCAACCUCAGCUUUGACCAGCAGCGACUUUUGUUCCGCCUCUGGUAAUCAUGUUAAUGAAAUCUUAGAAUCACCUAAGAAGGCAAAGUCGCGUUUAAUAACGAGUGGCUGCAAGGUGAGGACAUGCGAAACUCAGUCUCUUGCUCUGGAUACUUGUUCUCAGGAGGAAGGAGCAGUGAUCUCGCAGAUCUCAGACAUUUCUAACAGGGAUGGCCACGCUACUGAUGAGGAGAAGCUGGCAUCCACAUCAUGUGGGCAGAAAUCAGCUGGGGCUGAGGUGAAAGGUGAGCCAGAGGAAGACCUGGAGUACUUUGAAUGUUCCAAUGUUCCUGUGUCUACCAUAAAUCAUGCAUUUUCAUCCUCAGAAGCAGGGUUAGAAAAAGAGACGUGCCAGAAGAUGGAGAAAGACGGGUCUGCUGUGCUUGUAAGUUCUCGUGCUUGGACGGAGGAGGGACUGUUGGAGCCCUCUUCAGAAAAAGCCCCUGUGUCUGUGGCCUGUGGUGGUGAGAGCCCCCUGGAUGGGAUUUGCCUUAGCGAAGCCGAUAAGAUUGCUGUGCUCACCUUGAUAAGAGAAGAGAUAAUCACCAAAGAGACUGAAGCAAAUGAAUGGAGGAAAAAAUAUGAGGAGACCCGCCAGGAAGUCCUGGAGAUGAGGAAAAUUGUGGCUGAAUAUGAAAAGACCAUUGCUCAAAUGAUUGAAGACGAGCAGAGGACAAAUAGGACUUCUCAGAAGAGCUUCCAGCAGCUGACCAUGGAGAAGGAGCAGGCCCUGGCUGACCUGAACUCCGUGGAAAGGUCCCUUUCUGAUCUCUUCAGGAGAUAUGAAAACCUGAAAGGUGUACUGGAGGGUUUCAAGAAGAAUGAAGAAGCCUUGAAAAAAUGUGCCCAGGAUUAUUUAGCCAGAGUUAAACAAGAAGAGCAGCGAUACCAGGCCCUGAAAACUCAUGCAGAGGAAAAGCUGGACAAAGCCAGUGAAGAGAUUGCUCAGGUUCGCGCAAAGGCAAAGGCAGAGAGUGCGGCUCUCCACGCUGGACUCCGGAAAGAGCAGAUGAAGGUGGAGUCCCUGGAAAGGGCCCUUCAGCAGAAGAAUCAAGAAAUUGAAGAACUGACAAAAAUUUGUGAUGAGCUGAUCGCAAAGCUGGGAAGGACUGACUGAGACCCCUCCCCUGAGCUCAGCAGAUCUGAGACUGGCUGCUUCUGUCGUGACCACAGUGUUCUUGCCUUAUCCAGAAGUAACCCCUCUUUUGCAGAGAAAAGUGGCUUUAAAAAGCACAUGCCUAUUGCUGCCUGGCUCGUCUCGCUGCCAAUGCGACAGCCCUGAAGCAACGCUGGCUGCAGCUGGCCAGCGGGAGCCCGCAGCCCUUCAGGUGGUAGGUUCAGUUGACAGGCUGCCGAGUCCAGAUGUCUGACUCUGUCCUCGGCAGCAUUGUGAUGCCAUCUGUAGUCCUCACCUCUGUUAAGUUUCCACCUUUGUAACUGCUGUUUGAGGUCGCCUCCACCAGCUCUUUGAUGUUUUUUAACCUAUUUAAUCUUCAUUUUCAGCAUUGGCAGUUUUAUUGAAGGAGACAGUUUGGCCCGUUGUUGCCAACUGUUCGUAGACAAGAAGGCUCUGUCCCCUUUACUUACUUAGUGCCCCUCUGUGCUACUGAUUUCCCUGAAUCACAUUCAGAGCUUCUACAGAGGAAUGUAUUUACAUAAGUGCAGAACCCUAUUUUCAGACAGAACCCUGCCUCCAAAUGCCAACUUGAGACUUUGUGGGGACUGGGGACACAGCUGGUAGAGUAGCAUACAUGAAGCCUGGGCUUGAUCCUCAGCACCACAAAAACUGGACGUGGUGGCACAUACCUGUAAUCCCAGCAACUCCAGAAGUGGAGGUGGGAAGAUCAGAAGUUCAAGGUCAUCCACAACUAUGUAGCCAGUGUGAGACCCAGUCUGGACAACAUGAGACCCUGUUACAAAGGGGCAGGGGGCUGAGCAUGAUGGCGUAGCCCUAUGGGCUCAGCUUGGGAAGACGGGCAGGAGGCCGAGGCACUGCACCCAGAGUUUACGGACACUGUAGACACUAGGCAACAGAGGUGUUGAGUCAGAAACCAAAAUGAAACAAAACUUGGGGGUGGGUGGGGAGAUUAAAGACACGAAGACCAUAGAUUUAGGUUCUCAUCUGAGAAAGACUUGUUCUGUGCUAUUUGUUGCCCCAGCAUUUGGACACCCCUAGGCUUUGAUGGAUUUCUGCUUUCUCGGGGGUAGAUGCCAGGGCCUCCCUCAGAGCUGAUUUGGUAUAUCUACCAUGGGGUCAUUUAGUCCCCUUUGUCUCCAUUUGGUAACGAAAAAAUCAACUUUUGUUAUCCAUUUGAGGGGCUGGAGAGAUGGCUCAGCAAUUAAGAGCACUGACUGCUCUUGCAGAGGACUCGGGUUCAAUUCCCAGUACCCACAUGGUGGCUACUUACUGUCCUUAACUCCAGUUCCAGGGGAAUCCGAAGCCCUCCAUGGCAUUUUACAACACGGGUACACUCACAUGCAUGCAGGCAAUACACUCAUACACAUAAAAUAAAAAUAAUAAAAUAUUUUUUAAAAAAAAGAAAUAUGCAAAAAUAAGGACUUGUGAAAAGUUUAAUCAUAUUUAAAAGAUAAUUACCUAAUUAUCCUAAUUACCAGUUAGGAGGUGAAGAAACUUUGUUUUUAUGUUUAUAAGCAUUGUACACUUCAGAGACUAAAAAAAGAAAGGAAAAAAUAAGCAAAAAAUGCUUUCGUACUUAACAAAAUGGGCAGUAAAAAAAAAAAAAAACAUGUCAAUCACUCUCCAAAUCAGCAUGCUGAGAAUAUUUUAAACAAAGACGGCUUGAUUCCUGGGGGUCGGGCGGGGAGCACUGCAGGGAGAACGUCCACACUGACAAAAUGAAAUUCUGUGAGCUCAGCCUGGGGACAUUAACCCCAAAUGGAAAUUCAGGUUUUGAUGCCAGUGAGUUUCCUUCACAGAUGGGCAGAGCCAGAUUCGUCCAAGCUCUAACACAUCUUUGUUGGUAACCUUCCACCUGAGAGUCUUCAUGAUGAUAUAUACCGUGUUCAACCACACAUAUGUUCCUACUUGUAAAACUAUUGCAUGAGCCAACUCCAGCAGUGAAUUGUGCCUCGUGGAGAACCUUUGUAGAUCUUAAAAAGCAAAUAUUUAUUUAGCAGUGUAUAGCCCAGGGAAGUUAGUAAUGUCUUUUCAAGAAGAAGUCUUAUUUUAUCAAUAUGCAUUUAUGAUAAUUGGUGCUUAGGUCAGGCUGUGUUGUAAGGCCUAUUGUCUUAACAUUUUGUACAAAAAAAAAAAAAAAAACAA